AUGUCGGCACUCACCGAAAUCACAUCCGAGGCGGAAUUCUCGUCGCACCUUUCCUCUCUGUCACCAUCCGCACUGGUCGUUCUGUACUUCCACACCCCAUGGGCCGCACCCUGUGCACAGAUGGGUGCUGUCCUCGCGGCCCUCGCGUCACAGUACCCCGCCACUGCCCCGCCAACCAUCUCAUUUGUCAGCAUCAAUGCUGAGGAGCUCCCUGAUAUCUCGGAGGAAUAUGAUGUGUCUGCCGUUCCUUUUGUUGUGUGUCUGCGCAGUGGCCAGAUUUUGGACUCCAUCAGUGGAAGCGAUGCCAUCAAGGUGCGUGAUGCUGUCGAGCGCCAUGCAGGUCUUGGCAGUAGCGCCGGCGGGGAUCCAAUGGACGGUGUGAGGGCUCAUAUCCCCCCACCACUGUCUACCGUGCCGCGUGAGGAUGGUCCUAUCACUGCUACGCAGGCUCCUGUCACUGCAUCUCACGCCCCUCCCGCCGAGGCGGCCAAUGCGACUGCUGUCGCAUCCGCCCCGGCCCUGACACCGGAGCAAUCUCGUGAAGCGCUCUUUGCUCGCCUCGAGCAGCUUGUCAAGGCCGCUUCCGUGAUGCUCUUCAUGAAAGGAACACCCAGCAGCCCGCAAUGUGGAUUCAGUCGGCAGCUCGUUGGUAUCCUGCGAGAGCGGAGUGUGAAGUACGGCUUCUUCAACAUCUUGGCCGAUGAAGAUGUGCGCCAGGGUCUGAAGGAAUAUGCUGAGUGGCCAACAUUCCCUCAAUUAUGGGUAAGCGGUGAACUAGUGGGUGGCUUGGAUAUUGUGCGUGAGGAAAUCAACGCUGAUCCCGAGUUCCUCAAUCAAUUCUCCGUCAACAAGCCAGCUGCGAGUGCUUGA